AGAGAGAGGAGAGGAGAGAAGAGAAGAACCAAUCUGCUCAAUCUGUCUGCUGCUUUUAACUGUUCCUCAUCUCUCAGAAUUGGUUAUUAUUUGGGCGAUUCUGUAGAUUUACUUGAGAUAUGAUGUUCUUGAGUUGGAAUCGUCCUUCUUCCGAACAACAGAAGGAUUGUAUUAUGAAAUCUGGAUCUUUCAAUUAUGCUGCUAAGCACAUAGGCUCUACUGCUAAACAUGCCUCUUCACUUCAAGAAGACGAGGAUCUGUUGAAAGAUGGUUUCCUAGUUAACCAUGCUCGUGUUUUGGUUGGUUCUGGCAAUGAAACCUACGAAAAGGGAAAAUCUGCACUUCAAUCUUGGAGGCAUUUUAGUUUCGACUGGACAUUUGUUGAUUCUAAGACCCGAAUUCAAAAUGGGAACAAGUUUUGUGUUUGUGUGAAGGAAUUUGUGCCAUGGUUGAUGAUGCCACUUCAAGUGGUGUAUGUGAAAGAAAACAACAUGAACCAAAACAAGGCAUCCAUAUCCUCAUUUGGUUUUGGCAGUGGCACUCUUCAUGGACACUUACUGGCUGGGGAAGAAAGGUUUUCGAUUGAAUUGGAUGAGAAUAAUCAAGUUUGGUAUGAGGUGUUGUCUUUCUCGAAGCCAGCCCACUUUUUGUCUAUGAUUGGGUAUCCAUAUGUUCGAAUGAGACAGAAGUAUUUUACUCAUCAAUCUACCACUGCAGUCAAGAAAUGUUGUUUAUCUACUUAAAGUCCUUUGUAACUAAACAAGAAUAACACUUUAUUCUCAUUUAUAUUGUUGUUGAUCACUCAUCUAUUUGUUUUCUUAAGCUAAAUAUAUUAUAUUCA